AUGGAGUCGGUCAAGUUUGUGCCGCCAGGCGGCCAUCGUGCCUGUCUCAGCUGCUCGGCCGCCAAGGCCAAGUGCGUGUUCCCUGACGAUGGCAGCGUUGGCGGCAGCCGGGACAGUGUUCUUGGGAGCUUUGGUGUAUCGGGGUUUGAGAACAGUCCGGAUGGAACUGAUAUCUACACCACUUCAUCGAUCAGCGGCGUUCAGGCUUGCCCGCGAUGCGAGCGCUGCGAACGCCUCGACCGAGACUGUCUUCUGCCAGUGAGGCCGCGCAAGAAGCGGCGAGUCGGGCCUCUCAAGUUUGUGAACCCACCCAUCUUAUACGUGUCGCAAAUGGCCUAUAGCCCUCUGUUCAUUCCCCUCCUUGCUAACGCCCAUCCUAGACCAGGUACCAGCCGAGCAGCCGCAGAUUUUACUCCCAAGGAGACGGCUGAAUCAGCUGGGGCUGUUGUGAUUCCUCUGUCUUCUGAUACCUCCAUUCACGCAGCCUCAUGUGCUAUCACGGCGCCGCCCUAUGCAGCGACCAGUGCUUCCGGCAGUAGUCGGCCAACUCCGACACCACCACCAAAGUUGACACCGACGCCACCGCCACCGGCGCCGUCACAGUCGCAAUCGCAAAAACAGCCAGCCCCACCUCUUCGUCCAUCUCCAGUGCCCAGCACACUGCUUAAUGUGCCGAAUCCGCUCGUACUCGCGUGCCUCCAUAUGGAGGGCCACGAGGCCGAUAGGACUCUGCGCUUCUUCCAAAGCGCGUUUGUCGACUGUGACGCCAUCUUUAGAUUAACCAACUACGGCAGCAGGGCUGCUGACCUGCAGGCGAACAGGCCUGCCUUGUGGCUGGCCAUUGUUUUUGCGACGUCAUACCAUGACUUCGAAUACCAGAACCGGCUGGCCCGAAGCAUCAUCAACUUCUUCUGCGAGCAGUUGUUUCAGCACAGCGACCGAAGAUUGGAUCUUUUACAGGGCGUAUUAGUCUUUCUGAGUUGCUUCACCACCCAAAAUUUUACCAUUCCUCUGAGCACGACGCUGCUCCAUAUGGCCAUGUCUCUCGUCUCGGACCUUGGGUUGGACAGGCUUGAAUCCUUAAGAAUGCACGACCGGUCGCCCCUAGAGGCCCCCGCAUCCAUCGCUUUCCACGGCUCUGAGCGUGCGCGGAAAUAUGGGCACACGCUUGACGAGCGCGCUGCUCUCGCCGUCUGCUAUUGUAUCACCAAUUCUGUCUCCGCCUGCGUAUCCUCGAUGACGCCUCUGCAGUAUACGCUGCAGAUAGAGGACGCCUGUCGGUUCUUUGAGACGGGAAAAGGCAACGCGCCCGCCACCGACACUGCCUCGACGGGAUCCGUCCUUGCAAUCACCGUUCGCAUGUACUACCUCAUCCGGCGUGUCCUGCAGGUGCGACAAGAAGCAGACUUCCGUGAUGGCCGCUUUCUCACCCCAGUUCACCAGCUCACCGGCCAAUAUGUGGCCGAGUUGGAAAAUAUUGUUACUGGCAUACCCCCAGAGGUGCAAUCUGAUAAGAUGCACAUUUACAAACUCGGCAUCACCAAUACAUCCGGCUCAACCACCAACGAUGCAUCCUCGAGCAACGGCGUUACAGAGAACGUCGAUGGCCCCGGCGAUAACAAAAUACGCUGCUUCAUUGCAGCAGACAACUUUUUCGAGGUAUUCCUGUCAAUUCCCGUGGCCGACUACUUUCACCUGCCCAUCACGACGUUUUCUCAACUCGUUCACGCCGAUGUCACGUUGGCCAUGUUGACUGCCUACUAUCGCGGCAACACGCGGCCGUCCGGCGUGCCAGCGGGAGUGACUCUUCCGGCCUUUGACGACGUCAUGGAUAAACUGGCCUCCCGUUUUCAAAGGGCCAGAUUCAUCGAGCAUCGUCUUGGCUUCGAGAUGCGCAACCACAUAUAUGAUAAAUUCGCUGAACGCUUGCGAUCGUUCAAGUGCCUCGGUCUGUCUGGACGCCGGAAACCGACAGUGGUAGCGGAUGCCAAAGGAGGCGCGAAGAGCACGCAGAACGACGGGUCGGCUAGACAUAAGGAUCUAGGGGCGAACUCUGACAUGCGAAUCGAACCGUCAUUGUCGAGCAUACCAUCGGACUCGCUGGAUGUGCGAAUGGAAGGGACUCUGGAGACACUCGAGAGCGCGUCGGUGUCGAAGGACACGUUGGAAGUAGAUUAUGGCAUUGAGCGGAUACAAUGGUCGACCUGGGAUCUCACAACACAGUCUACGAUCCUUUCCCAAGCUCACACCGCUGCCAUCCUAUACACGGCAUACGUGGAGCGCGAGUUUCUGCGAAAUGUACCAUUUUUCUCUUUCCUGAUCGACGGCCUUGCUGACGACCGUCAUCUCGACCUACUAUGGGACGUGUAUUACCACCUCCACAUUGACGAUGCGACCACGAAAUUUCUGCGUGCACAGGUGCACAAGCUGGCAGCCGCAGCAGAUACUCUGGAACACUGGCGUUCAGGUCCUUACGGACGGCAUCUGCGCUUCAGCGACAGUGCUACGUUUCGGGACCUACAGGACGGCAUCUUACGCUAUGAGGCAGCCCUUGCAUCGCUGCAGGAUGGCUCACGCGAGAGCUACGAGGCCGGCUUUGCGGCAGCCAUGCACCGCGUGGAGACGUUGCGAGAGCAGAAGCUGGGCAACAUGGCCGUCCUUACAGGCUUCCGGUCGGUGGCACCGCUGUAUACAAUGAAGCUGCGCGAACUACCCUCAGCUCACGACCACUUCUGGAAGCACGGCACCACGUCAGAGGUUGCGGAUCAGAAAGAUAAACAUGCUAUUCCCGCCGAUAUAGUGCCCAACCCAACGUUCGCGGCGUCGGUCUCGAACUCGAUCAGGCUGCACUACGGCUCGGACCCCGUAUUGGGAUACCACUUGGCCACAGCGUUCACGCCAUUGAAAGACACGUCGCCGCUGCGGGCCGAGAGUGAGGCAGAAACGGUGCCGGGGGCCUUUGCUGCCGUGCGAGCUGCACGCACCGAAUUUCGCGCGAUGGCAGGGGCAUUCCAGGCGAUGGCGCACGGCGAAGACGGCCGAUCCGUGACUGUCCGCUUCGUCACGGCGGAUGCGUUGGUCCUGUGCCACACGCUGCAAAACUUGGCAUCCUCGUCGGGAGAACAGACCAGUGCCAAUUGGUUCCGGAGGGGGACGGAUAGCCAGGUGCUGCGACUGGACGCGAAGGAAUAUGGCAAAGGGACUUCAGCAGUCAGGGCACCCGUGAUCUUUGACGUUAUCGACACGUCCAACCUGGCGGAUCAUGUGGGCGCGCUGAAUCUUCUUGUAGCGGGAGUCCCACUGCUGGCGAACAGGCCGUCGUCGUCGUUACUGACAGAGCUGCUUGUGAAGAGAAAAGGGGAAGACGCCGAUGGACAGGAGACGUUCGCGCGGCUUCUCUGCGGCCACACGUUGACGGUGGCGUUGCUGCUGGGCGUCGCGCCGGUCGAGUACUACACAAAUGCGCGCACAAGCUUAUCCUUCGAGGAGAUGAUGAAUAUGGCUGCCAAGCUUGGUGGAAGCGAAGGUGGUAAAGGCCAGCUGCGAAGCAGGCUCACAUGGAAGCUGAGCCACCACGUCUCCGGCCUGGCGGCACAUCCCCAACGGCUUCAGAUCAGUGCAGAUGACCUCGCCAGUGCUCUCAUGGGCACAUACCGUGCCAUGUUCUCGUCUGAGAGAGCGGCGAGAGCGGCGAGCAGCGGCGGCUUGACCAGGAAGGGUGGCUAUCCCUGUUUCCACUGCGGCAGCUUCGCGGCACUCGUGCGCAUCGUGAAGGAUUGUGUGACGACAGACUGGGCAGAUGUGUGUCACCAACUCCUACGGUUGAUUGAGAAGGAGGAUGGCAGCACUUCCGUAGGAUCGACCUAUCUGCAGGACCUGCUGGCUCACCUAGACGUCUGGGACAUCUACAGCGACAAGCGGCUUGGCAAGCCUGGGCUGACUGCUGUGACGUUUUCGGUACCGCGGAACGCUUUCAACAGACUUUCCAAUGCUGCCAUGAUGGACACAGCUUCACCCGCGUUGGCAGUGGCUAUCCGGAACGAGAAGGACAGCUCGAUAUGCAGGAGGUUUGCCGAUAUACAAGUCAUGUUUGGGACCGUUGCAAUCCGGAAGUCCCCUGACGACACACCCGCCGAUGUUCGAGUGGAUGUGCUGCCAGACCCAGAGCUCUGGAAAGGCACAGCACCAUUGGUGGUGUGUCUCUAUGUGCCGACGGCGCUGGCUCAGAAUCCAUCACCGACGGACACGAUCUCGCUUGAGCUACACACGGACCCGCUCAGCCUGUAUGCAUUCGGACUAGAGGUUGGUGCCAUGGGCAUCAUCUACAGCGCACCACUCGCAGACCGGACACGCGUCCAUGUCUCCAGGUUUCUCCCGGGUCAAGACGACUACCCGGCCGUGUGCCCACCGGUGCCGGCAUCUCAAGACGUGGCGCGCCAGCAGGAGGAGAGUAUCGAAGGAGAGACUUCAGAGGUGAAGUUGGAGGUCGACCGGGCGACCGGGAAGGCGAUCUCUGUCACCGGGCGUAUCAACUUUGACUCCGCACGGGGGAGGGCGCUGCUCAGCGACAAGAACAUCGAUAUCAAGACGGUUUCUCCAGAAAGGUCGCCGUUUGCUGUCGGUAUUGUCAUUAGCAGCAAGGGAGAGCCGGCACUUGUGAUCCCGGUGCACUUUCCCGUACCCGUGGCCGCAGGGGAAGGAGUGCGACUGCGGGUGGCGCGGACGUCGGGAUGGAUCGAGGUGGUGGCUCCGGCAGUUGUGUCGCUGCCAGCCAUGGCUGAGCGCUGCCGCACGUGGUCGCAUGACCCGACUACGUGUGCCUAUGCGGUGCAGCCAGAUGCCAAGGUGCCAGUCAGCCUCGAGCCCGGCGGUCCGGUGCUGUGUGCUUGCGGCCAAGGUCAGCUGCCGCCCGACUUUGUGGCCAUGCCGAUGUGGACAGAGGUGGCAGCUCGCUUCGCCACACGCAUUGCCAUCAGCCCCGUCUUCUGCGACCCGUCAGUGGAACCGGCCGUGGCACUGGCAGUGGAGCCGGCAGCUGAGGCGCCGGGUCCACAGGAACCAGUCAAGAAGACGGUGCAGGUGAAGGCCUGUGGCAAUUGCGGCGCGACUGAGGCGAAGGGCGGGCCGCUCAAAAAGUGCCUGCGCUGUCUGGCCAUCAAGUACUGUUCAGCACCGUGUCAGAAGCAGGACUGGCUCAAGCAUCGGCUGGUAUGCGAGGAGUCGCCCGAGAAUGUCGGCGAGGAAUCACACGCAUGA